GAAAAUCAUUAGUGAAUUAUUUCCACUAAUGGCGACAUACAUUCUUGUUUAUUUUACUGGCAGUUCGAUAUCCUUAGUUAUUUUCUUUGUUUAUAGUUAAAAUGAAUUACUGGCUUUUAGAAUGAAUUCCUCAUCAGCUGCUUUGAGUUCAUUCUGUAUACUAUGUAAUCUCAUAUCGUCAAUAUGCAUUGUGAUGCUCAACAAGUGGAUAUUUGUUCAUUACAAGUUCCCAAGUAUUACUCUAACAUGCAUCCACUUCAUUGUUACAUCACUAGGACUAAAGAUUUGUUCUACCUUUAAUGUGUUUCGCCCACGAAGUCUGGAAUUUCAACGUAUGCUACCACUAUCACUAACUUUCUGUGGAUUUGUUGUCUUAACAAAUUUAAGUCUUAUGUACAACACAGUUGGAACAUACCAACUUCUUAAAGUUUUAACAACACCCUGCAUUAUGCUGAUUCAGUACGCCUUUUAUAAAAAAUCGUAUACAGGUGGAACAAUCUUAACUUUGAUCCCAAUUUCAACUGGUGUUUUCUUGAAUUGCUAUUAUGAUAUAAAAUUCAAUUUUACUGGAAUUGUAUUUGCUCUUUUCGGCGUAUUUGUUACAUCAGUGUACCAAGUGUGGGUUGGUCAAACGCAAAAAGAUCUUAAUGUGAACGCUAUGCAACUGUUAAACUACCAGGCACCUUUGUCAGCUGGUGUGUUAGUAUUGGUGAUUCCCUUCUUUGAACCUGUGUUUGGUGCUGGAGGUAUUUUUCAUCUUUGGCCUGUACAUGUGUGGGUGCUGGUGCUCUCAUCUGGAAUUGUUGCAUUCUCAAUUAAUCUCACGAUUUUCUGGAUUAUUGGAAACACCUCACCCGUUACUUAUAACAUGGUUGGACAUCUGAAAUUUUGUCUUACUUUGAUGAUUGGAUACUUUUUAUUCCACGACAUUUUGGCGACAAGACAGAUAGUCGGCGUGCUUUGCACAUUGUCUGGUGUGUUCGUUUACUCUCAUUUAAAGUUGAAAGAAUCGAAACCUCCAGCCAGCAUCCAACGCAAUGUGUAGUCCAUACUUGAUUGGUUAUGAUUUAUCUGGGAAAUGAUUUUAGAACGACUUUGAAAUCUGCGUUUUACUGGACACUGUAGGAUGAAGUAUUUAGUGUGAGAACUACUAUCCCUCUUUAAAUGCCAAUAUGGAGUUUCUAAAUGGGAUUUCGAUAACUGUUUUGCUGUUUAAUAUACGUACAGCUCUCGUGUUAGUGGAUAGGAUUAAGGAGAUAGUUUUUUUAAUUAUGACCGUUACUUGUCCACCGAAUUAAAAGAUUGUAUCGUCUAAUACGUCUAGUACAAAUAGGUACACUGCAGAUUGUGGGUAAUCUUUUGGUUUCAACCACACUAUCUAGCUGAGAUAAAGUGACGAGGCGAUGUACAAGACUAUGCAUAAUUAAUGAAUUAGUACCAAUUGAUUGGUUUAGAGGAAUUGUAAUAAAGUUUUGUCCUCAGAGUUUGUUUUAUAUUUCGUGCAACUAACUUAAUUGAACACUCUGCGCCACGUGUGACGUCGCAAUGAGACAGGAAUGAAAAAUAUGCCGAUAUUCUAGCUGGAGAUUUUUAAAUUAUAUCAAAUUUUAAAUUGUAAUAUUAAAGAGUAAGAUAUGAUCUUUUGUUUACUUUUCUA